UGGGGGAGAGAGAGAGAUGGUGAGGAAGUGCAAGAAGAGGAAACAAUGGAGUGGAAGGAGAUGGGAGGAUCUAGACAAGGAUGUGCUGAUACUCAUAUUUUCACUGAUGAAGCACAAGGAGUUGGUUGAGACAGUCCCUUGGGUGUGCAGUUCAUGGAGAUUGGCAUGCUGGGACCUUUUGGUCUGGAAUUCAGAAAACACCCUCGAUUUCACUGCUCUAAAGCGGUCGUGCAGGGGAGACUUCUGUGAGAGUUAUCAUUCUGUAGCAACGAGGUUGAUGAGUGUGCUAAAAAGCAUAGCUUUUGAAGAAGACAGACUUACUUCUGCCACUUCCAUGGUCUUUCACUGGGCUCUUCCUUUGUCUGACAAACACCUCGUCUAUCUCGCUGAAAGGUCACCAAGGCUGCAAAGGCUUUCCUUAGAUUGUGCAAAGAGAAUCACUGGCAGAGGAUUUUCACGGGCAAUCCGCAAUUGGAAAGCAAUUGAAGAGAUGUCAUUGGGUUCACUGGAUCCUCGUUACUAUGAUCAUAUCAUAAGAGAAAUUGGCAUACAGUGCAAGAAAUUACAAGUUUUCUGCUUGUGCAGUUUCGAGUUAAACGUAUAUUUUGCUGUUCUCAUAGCCGAGAAUUUACGCCACCUGAAGGAGUUAGGAUUGCAGAAUGUUUCAAUCUCAAGAGCUAGUUUGCAUGCUAUUUUAUCCAAGUGUAGUAAACUCGUGACAGUCAGCAUCACCAAUUGUGGCAUUGCAGAUCCAAAAAAUGUGGAGAUAAGGAGUACUAAAGCAGGCUACAAAAUCAAAUGGUUGAUUGGUACUGAGACAGAAGGGCACAGUUUAAGCAGUAUGCUGGAUGCAUUGUGGCCGGUCUGUGGUAACCGAGUAAACCAGUACUUUUGAAAAGCAUUUGAUGGAAAAGAUGUAAUGGCUUUGCUAUAUUUGUAUUCUCUAUUAUGUAUUUAGUCAUUGUCUACAAUAUUGAAAUCUAACAGAGGUGAAUCUUCGGCACCCUUGAGGUUUGGCGCUUCUGUUCUAUACUACAUUGUAAUCAAAAGAUGGGGAAAGUGAAAUGGUAAGAUGAUUCUCCACAUUGUGAAUGAUGGUUGGUUUC